AUGUCCUUUGAUCCUCACAAUGUUGACCUGGACACAGCCGACGCCGCUCAAAUUGUUUGCUACCUUAAUGCCGAGGGAAACGAAUACAACGGCCAACUAGGCGCGCGAAUUUCCGCCAUUUUCGUAAUCCUUGUCGUCUCCUCAGCAGCGACCUUCUUCCCCGUGCUAGCACAACGCGCACCACGCCUGCGCAUCCCAGUCUACGUCUAUCUAUUCGCCAAGUACUUCGGUGCCGGUGUGAUCAUCGCAACAGCCUUCAUUCACCUCCUCGAUCCCGCAUAUGACGAAAUCGGUGGCAACUCCUGCGUCGGACUGACUGGCCACUGGGCAGACUACUCGUGGUGUCCGGCAAUUGUAUUGACAUCAUUGAUGGUUGUCUUUCUCAUGGAUUUCGGCGCCGAGCGCUGGGUCGAGAUGAAGUACGGUAUCUGUCGCGAAGACCCAGAACCUAUGAUGGCAAGUGGAGGUGAAGUGCAGCGUGUGGACUCGCGCGUUUCAGCAUGCCACUCAGGCGACAAGCAAGUUAAGGAAAUUGAGUCGCAGACUCAAGAGCUGGCAAUCGAGCGCUCGGUCAAACAGCAGAUUGCUGCGCUGCUGAUCUUGGAGUUCGGGGUUAUCUUCCACUCUGUCAUUAUUGGCCUGAACCUUGGUGUUGCGGGUGAUGAGUUUGCUACACUUUACCCUGUUCUGGUCUUCCAUCAGUCUUUUGAGGGACUUGGUAUUGGGGCGCGUAUGUCGAGUAUCCCAUUCAAGAAGGGAAGCUGGCUGCCUUGGUUCUUGUGUGCUGCCUAUGGGCUGACAACUCCAAUUGCCAUUGCUAUUGGUCUUGGUGUGCGCACGACUUAUAACCCUGGUUCGUUCACUGCCAAUGUUGUGUCCGGUGUGCUGGACUCCAUCUCGGCUGGAAUCUUGCUGUACACUGGUCUAGUUGAACUUCUUGCUCGUGAUUUCUUGUUUGAUCCCCACCGCACGCAGGAUAACAGGAGGUUAGCUUUCAUGGUCCUGACUAUGAUUCUUGGUGCCGGUAUUAUGGCUCUGCUUGGGAAGUGGGCUUGA